AUGGCGGUCUCCACGCAGUCGUCGACACCGCCCUUGCCGCACCAGUCCUCCUCGCCUUCGAUGAAGCGCCGUGGAGAUAACGGAACUUCCCGGAUACGCUUUAAUGCAGAACUAUCCCAAUGCCUAUUCGACUUCGUCAUCCAGCUGCUGCCGACCGUCGACGAACUCGCCGUGAAGGAGGACGUGCGCAAGUUGCUCGAGCGAUUGAUUCGCACAAUCGAGCCGGACAGUCGUCUGCUCUCUUUCGGAAGUACGGCAAACGGAUUCAGUCUCAGGAACUCGGAUAUGGACCUCUGUUGCCUUAUAGAUUCAGAGGAACGUCUGUCCGCGUCCGAUCUCGUCACUAUGCUCGGUGACUUGCUAGAACGUGAAACCAAGUUCCAUGUCAAGCCGUUGCCACACGCACGGAUACCAAUCGUGAAGCUAUCCUUGGACCCGUCACCCGGACUUCCACUCGGCAUCGCAUGCGAUAUUGGUUUUGAAAACAGACUGGCUCUGGAAAACACACGCUUGCUCUACUGCUACGCUAUGAUCGAUCCCACCCGCGUUCGAACUAUGGUUCUAUUUCUCAAGGUCUGGGCUAAAAGGAGAAAAAUCAAUUCGCCCUAUAAAGGAACACUCUCAUCUUAUGGCUACGUUCUUCUCGUCAUCUAUUUUCUGGUCCACGUCAAGAAUCCACCUGUACUACCAAAUCUACAGCAAAUGCCCCCGCUCCGUCCAAUAUCUCAGGCGGAUACGCAUAUUGGCGGCAAUAAUGUCUGGUUUUUCGAUGAUAUCGAGCUUCUACGCCAAAGGUGGCAAUCCGCCAACCAUGAAAGCGUGGCUCAGUUAUUGACCGAUUUCUUCAAAUUCUACGCUCGCGAUUUCUUGUACAACACCGGCGUCGUAUCUAUCCGGGCAGGGUUCAUCACGAAGGGAAGCAAGGGGUGGCAGAAUGAGCUUGAGUCUUCUCGCUACAAGGAUUCACGAGAGCGAAAUCGCUUCUGCAUCGAGGACCCCUUUGAAACGGACUUCAAUGUUGCGCGUUGUGUAACACGGGAUGGACUCUACACGAUUCGCGGCGAGUUGAUGCGUGCAUCGCGCAUACUCAGUCUUCGUCCCGAACGGGCCAUCGUGGCCAUCGCACAGUUGUGCGAGGAGCGCGCGGAUAUCCUUGGACCCAUACCGGCCACGCCAUCAUCCGUUCCUCCACGAUUAUCCCCAUUCCCGCCUCAAACGCCAUACACGGUCGGCAGCAGCCCCAUGCGGCCUAACGAGAUCCAUAUGCCGACGCCGUCUCAUGCGUCACCCCUGUCAUCCUCGAACGAGCCGACAAGAGUGCCCAGCAUUGCGCCGCCUGAGUCCGAUACGCCCGAGCACAUGGCCCCUCAACGAUUGAAGUGGACUUCACCGCCACCUGCGAACGCGCCCUCUGCCGACCAUCUCUCCUUCGAGAACCGGCUUGGCUUUGGACUCUCACUCGCGACUGCGCCAGGAUCCGCCCAUGUGCGCCAGAACGACGGGGAUCACUCUUCCAACGCCAGCGAGAUCUACACCGACGAAGGCGAUGUGGACGAAAUACGCUCCAUGAUCAGUGACUCGGUGCAGUCGAUGGCGUCCGAAGACCCUGGCCGUACACGGCGUUCACCGCCCGAUUCGGUUCCGAACUUCUCGCCUGUGUCUGUGCAGGGCGGCUACGCAUAUCCGGCCCAUCUACGGGUGCCGAAUGAGGCAGGCUUAUUCCCGUCCCUACGUGGUCGCGCUUGGCAGCGCCCCGGUGAACCCGUAAUGGCCGCUGACCCCCACACUAUCAACGCCGCUCGUCGCGUCGACCGCUUUCGGAUGGACAGUCCACGACGCUCCAUGUCCGGCCCGCCAGGCCCAAGCAAGGUCUCGCUCGCCACGCCCUUGCCACCCUCGCCAGCACCUUCACCUCAUGUAUUAUACGAAACACAAACCUCUGGGUCUCGAACAGAACCCCUGAUACCCGCGCCCGCCGCUGUAUAUUCUCAUCUGCAAACGCACUCGCGCUCAUCACCGUCGCCAUCUUCAUCCGCUAUGUCUUCACCGCUUAUACGCCAGCUGUCCAAUUCGCCGCACUCUACGACCACUACUACUAGCCCGCACGCACAUCCGUUCGCUCCAUCGCAUCAUCAACAUCAACAUCAACAACAGUCACAUCCACCACAUUCACAACAUCAGCGCCAUAGCCAUGGUCAGCUGCCACGAUUGUCGCCACAUGCACAUUCGUUCACUUCGGGCACUUAUUCGCCUACUAAGGGCCCGUAUUCGCCCGUCCAGGGAAGCCAGUACUCGCCUAUCAUCACACAGGCAUACUCGCCCACAUCUGGUCCAUCGUACCCCGCCACCUUCCUAGCGUGGCAACAGCAACAGCAAGCGCAGCAGCAGCAGCGCGAGCUUCCGCCUUCGCUCGGGCGCGCGCCUCGACGCAACAGUAGACCCGAAGUCGACAUCGCGUCGCCCUCGCCGCCUCCUACUGCUACUGCUUAUGGCCAUCAUGGACAUGGUCAUAGUAACUCGGCGGUAUAUGCGCCCGAAUCGCUCACGCCACAAGCCGCCACAGGGUUCUUGCGCCCACCAGACGUCUCGCCACAGCUUAGCGCUAUAUCGGCUGAUGUAUCUGUUGGCGGAGAUCCCGAUCCGCUGCCGCCGAGGUGGGAGAGCCCACCACCGAAGGAGCCGAGAGGAGGGAAGGAGUCAUCGAAGGAGAGGGAGAGGGAGGAGCAGGAGCAGAGGGAGGAAGUAGUGGAGAGGAGGUUGGACGUCGUUGACGAAGAGCCGGGGCCGUCUGGGGCGUCGAGCAGCAGAGCGAGUCCUAGACCGGAUAUGUCUAGUUUCCCGAGCCCUGCGCCCAUGCACGAGAGAUCGUUCGAUCGAGGAGAGGGAGAGGGAGCGGAGAGGGUGGCGAGAGAAGAGACCCUAGUCCGCCUAGAGACAAUCACUCACGAGGACAAUGAACCGACAUCCGGCCUAGCGACCAUUCAUGAGACUGAGCAAGAUUCGCCAGCAAGUACGACUGAGUCUGGCCCAUCGACAAGUCGAGAACAUCGGUCGUCGACGCCAGAGCACCGGAGUCAGGAGCUUGCAAGUACAGAGGAUGCGCCCUUGAACGUUCCAGAGGUUCCUGGAGUCGAACCCCCAAUACCAAUGCAAACAGCCCUCAAUCAAUCUGCUCGUACAGAUGAGAGCCCUGCGCCUUCACCGUCUGGAAGCUGGCAACAUUUGAUCUCUGAGCCGACGGUCACGAAUCUUUCUGCUACUUCUGCAGCGCCAAUACCGCGAAUAUCUUCCACUCCAAGGGUCGACGCGCCAGAAGAUACAAGCAUCUCGCCAGAGUCCACGUCCGCGGGAAGUGGAUCGCCUGCGCCGUCGCUUGUGAGCUCGAUGUUCGGCACGUCGGCGCCUCCGUCGCCCACAUUUGCUGGUGCGCAUAAGCUCGAUGCUGUCCCGGAGUGGGUCGAAGUUGUGAGCGCCAAUACGCAUGAGAACGAGGACGACGCAAAGGUUGCGAUCAUCACGGAGCGCGCUGAGGCCGUUAAGACGCCCGUGAUCCACGAUGUUGCGCAGACGGUCCGGGAGGGAAGUAUACCGUAG